CCCCCGCGCCAGCCGCCGCCGGCCCGGCCCCGCACCCAGCCGCGCCCAGCCCGGCGAGCCUGCGCCAGGAGGCGGCCCGAGCGCGGCCACCGCGAGCCCCGGCGGCGUCUCUCCACCGACCCGGUCCCGCCCGGCCCCCGGCAUGUCGUUCGGCCGGGACAUGGAGCUGGAGCACUUCGACGAGCGCGACAAGGCGCAGAGGUACGGGCGCGGCGCGCGGCUCAACGGGCUGCCCAGCCCCACGCACAGCGCGCACUGCAGCUUCUACCGCACGCGCACGCUGCAGACCCUCAGCUCCGAGAAGAAGGCCAAGAAGGUGCGCUUCUACCGCAACGGCGACCGCUACUUCAAGGGCAUCGUCUACGCCAUCUCCCCCGACCGCUUCCGCUCCUUCGAGGCGCUGCUGGCCGACCUGACCCGCACCCUGUCGGACAACGUGAACUUGCCCCAGGGCGUGAGGACCAUCUACUCCAUCGACGGGCUCAGGAAGAUCUCCAGCCUGGACCAGCUGGUGGAAGGAGAGAGCUACGUGUGUGGCUCCAUAGAGCCCUUCAAGAAGCUGGAGUACACCAAGAACGUGAACCCCAACUGGUCCGUGAACGUGAAGACCACGUCGGCCUCGCGGGCCGUGUCGUCCCUGGCCUCCGCCAAAGGGGGCCCCUCGGAGGGCAGGGAGAGCAAAGACUUCAUCCGGCCCAAGCUGGUCACCAUCAUCCGGAGCGGCGUGAAGCCGCGGAAGGCGGUCCGCAUCCUGCUGAACAAGAAGACGGCGCACUCCUUCGAGCAGGUGCUCACCGACAUCACCGACGCCAUCAAGCUGGACUCGGGCGUGGUGAAGCGCCUGUACACGCUGGACGGGAAGCAGGUGAUGUGCCUUCAGGACUUUUUCGGUGACGAUGACAUUUUUAUUGCAUGCGGACCAGAGAAGUUCCGUUACCAGGAUGAUUUCUUGCUAGAUGAAAGUGAAUGUCGGGUGGUGAAAUCCACUUCUUACACCAAAAUAGCGUCCUCGUCGCGCAGGAGCACCACCAAGAGCCCGGGCCCGUCCAGGCGCAGCAAGUCUCCCGCCUCGGCCAGCUCAGUUAACGGCACCCCCGGUAGCCAGCUCUCGACUCCCCGCUCGGGAAAGUCUCCAAGCCCGUCGCCCACCAGCCCGGGAAGCCUGCGGAAGCAGAGGAGCUCCCACCAUGGCGGCUCCUCCACCUCCCUCGCCUCCACCAAAGUGUGCAGCUCGAUGGACGAGAACGACGGGCCUGGAGAAGAAGUGUCAGAGGAAGGCUUCCAGAUUCCAGCCACGAUAACAGAACGGUAUAAAGUCGGAAGGACGAUAGGAGAUGGAAAUUUUGCUGUUGUCAAGGAAUGUGUAGAAAGGUCAACUGCUAGAGAGUAUGCACUGAAAAUUAUCAAGAAAAGCAAAUGUCGAGGCAAAGAGCACAUGAUCCAGAACGAGGUGUCUAUUUUAAGAAGAGUGAAGCACCCCAAUAUUGUUCUUCUGAUUGAGGAGAUGGAUGUGCCAACUGAGCUGUAUCUUGUCAUGGAAUUAGUAAAGGGAGGAGACCUCUUCGACGCCAUCACUUCCACCAACAAGUACACCGAGCGGGACGCCAGCGGGAUGCUCUACAACCUCGCGAGCGCCAUCAAGUACCUGCACAGCCUCAACAUCGUGCACCGCGACAUCAAGCCCGAGAACCUGCUGGUGUACGAGCACCAAGACGGCAGCAAAUCCCUGAAGCUGGGCGACUUCGGCCUGGCCACCAUCGUGGACGGCCCCCUGUACACCGUGUGUGGCACCCCGACGUACGUGGCCCCAGAAAUCAUCGCAGAGACUGGGUACGGCCUCAAGGUGGACACGUGGGCGGCCGGUGUGAUCACCUACAUCCUGCUGUGCGGCUUCCCUCCCUUCCGUGGGAGCGGCGAUGGCCAGGAGGUGCUUUUCGAUCAGAUUUUGAUGGGGCAAGUGGAGUUUCCUUCUCCAUACUGGGAUAACGUGUCCGAUUCUGCAAAGGAGCUCAUCAACAUGAUGCUGUUGGUGGACGUCGACCAGCGGUUCUCGGCCGUGCAGGUCCUGGAGCACCCCUGGGUCAACGAUGAUGGCCUCCCAGAAAAUGAACAUCAGCUGUCAGUAGCUGGAAAGAUCAAGAAGCAUUUCAACACGGGCCCCAAGCCGAACAGCACCGCAGCUGGAGUCUCUGUCAUAGCACUGGACCACGGGUUUACCAUCAGGAGAUCAGGGUCUUUGGACUACUGCCAACCGCCGGGCAUGUAUUGGAUAAGACCACCGCUCUUGAUAAGGAGAGGCAGGUUUUCCGACGAAGACGCAACCAGAAUGUGAGGGGCCGCAUCAAGACCCAGCCGGCACCCCCAGAAGCCACCUCGGAGUCCGAAGACUACUCCCCCAGCUCCUCCGAGACUGUGCGCUCCCCCAACUCGCCCUUUUAAGAAGACCCUCUGCCUCGAAGCCCCAGCUUAGCCCUUUGAGACUCUGAGAUUUUUCCAGAUUGAUGUAAAACAGUUUCGUCCGCUCUGUCUGGCCCGCAGUGCUCAAGCAGAACAGGACGUGUGUUUUCCGUUGUCUUUGUAGCGAGCCCCCUUUGCCAAAUGAUGCCCCGUGUUGUUUGUGAAGAUGGCAACUUGCUGCUAAUAGGGUCCUCAAAGGGUUAAGCCUAAUUUGCAGGGUUUUUUCUGUUUUUGUUUUUGUUUUUAAAGAUAGAAGCAACAAAUGUCUUCAUCGGUCAGGCUGGGAUCUGCAGUAUGUAACACAGCACACAUUAACCCUCUGAGUACAUAGAAUUUUCCUGAGAGCCCUCGCUGGGGAGGUCUGCAGGCCUCUGGGUGUAUAUGCACGUGUUUCUUGAUUUUGCUGCAGAUCAAAGGGUGUCAUUAGGUGCUGGGAUACCCCCACCCACCACCACCCCGGGGUCAGCCUCCAGCUUGUAUCUCACUCGUCGCUUUACAUGGGUUUAGAAAACGGCAGGUUUAUAACUUCGGCCUCAGCAUCCUUCUUUCUUCUGCAUCCUAUUAAGAAAGGGAAUUUGUUUUUCAUUAGGGGUUUGGCUGUCAGCUGCGGCGAGUCCUUGGCCCCAGAGUGCAGGCAAUUGGGUUUGUCGCAAACAGCCUGACCCUGGAAAUAGGUACUCCCCUCACCCCUGAAUCGUGUCCACGUGAAGCUGUGCUGUCCAUGCCCCAGAAAUGCUGCCUCCACAUCAGCUGCUGCCAGCACUAGCCCAGACCCCCGGGCUUGGUGAGGGGGAGGUUUGUCUCUGGGAAACAACCGGUGGAAAAGAGCAAUAAAUUGCCAGGUGCUCUAGGGGGCUGGAAUUUCGGACAGAAAGAGGAAAUAAGGCCCUGUUCUUUGCCUCACCUGCUGUUGUGUGCAGUGCAGCCUUGAGGGGCCGUCAGCACACGAGUGCCCGGGAGAGGGCUGGGCACGGGCAGCAAGAGCCAGUGCUUUGCAAGGUGGCCCGGGAGAAGGCAAGGGGGAGGCUCAUCCAGAGAGCCCUGGAGACGGGUUUUAAGGAAAUCAGCCUCUGCUCAUAUGACUCAGCGUGCACCUUCGGGUUACCUGCGUGUGGUGUCCCAGGGAGAGCAGGAUGGGGACCCAGAAGCCACCUGCCCCGGAAGCCCUCCCUCUCCCGGCAACGGCCCUUUUAUACCCGGAGAGGGGCUUGUUUUUCCCUCUUUGGGCCCAGCCCUGAGACCCGCCUCUUCACUCCCGUUAUCGAGUGUCCAGAGCCCUGAGUCUCCGGGGUCUUGUGGGAUGUGUCACACUCAGAUGGGGGCCUGCGUCCCGUUUCAUUUACUGACGCACGUGAUGGCAGAGUUCCUAGAGGCGGGCAGCCGGGGGUCUCGGAGGCUGGGUGCCCACGGUAUGCCUCAGCCCUGGGGUUUGGGAGACAGCUCCGGCCUCGGGGUGGCAGAGUGUACUUAUCUGCCCUGUUCUGAAUUCUGCCCUCUCCAGGAGUUUUUAAAAUGUGCUUUAAUAUCUGAAAGUCUUGAAAUUUGCAUAUGACCUCUCUAUAGUCAGUUCCUCGUUAUCAAGUACACAGUCUUCAAUUGCUGUUUUUUACUCUUCUACCCAUAAACCAUAAUAUGUAUUAAUAUAGAUCUUUGAGUCACAAUCUGUGACUCCUUUUGCAGCGCAACCUACCAAAUUCUCUGCUCUUUGACAUUUGGGGUUAUCUCCUGGCCUGUGAAGCCGGCCACUCUUUUUUGAGGGAUUUUUCCCCUUUGAGUGCCCAGGAAUGAUGGUGCAUGAAGCAGUUGGGUUUUGGGGGGCAGAGUGGAGCUGAGGGGGCAGAACCCAGGAAGGAUUUGAGGAUGGUGGAGUCUACGUUCCACAUUAGUGACGGGCCUUGGACCUGUCAGAGAUUCCGGCUUUCUCUAGCACGAGGAGGCGGAACCUGUCUGCAGCUAAGGGGCAGCUCUCAGCGUGGCCUCGGCCCUUCUUGGGUGGAUAGAAGAACCACACAGAGCCGAACCUGCCACGGAGACGGCCCUUUCCCUUUCUUUCUCUCCAUCGCUGUGCCCAUGAAUUCUGCUUUCCUGUGGGCGUUCAGUGUAGGCUGUGGUUUCCAGUGUGGAGACCCGCAGACCAUGGCUCAGCCUGCAGGGACCUCGGCGCCAUGUGCAGCCGUGGCUGCAGCAGGGAGCCCCACGCAAGGCUGUAGAGUCCGGGUGAUGGACGCUGAGUAAACAUGGACUGUGGCGAGACACGGAGAGAUGCUGAGUAGCCAGAUGGAGCGAGGCCAGCCCUGCGCUGCCACGACUGCGAAUCUCAGAGACGUGCUCGGAGGACUGAGGGACAAGCACAAAGCACACUGACGCCGCCGGGGGACCCAGGCUGCUUUGCUUUCAGCCAGUGCUUCCUCCUUUCCACGACAUUCUUCGGCUUGUUCGAAUUGAAAUAAUUAAGUGGUGGUGUUCUGUAAGGAAUUUCUAUAACCAAAUUGAUCUUAUUUUUGAUUUAUCAUAGAACAAACAGCAUUACGGCGGUGUAUCUCUAAUUAUCAGUUUAAUCCCCACCACCAAUGUUGCCAUUUCCCGCCCCCCACGUGUUUAAUAUAGCUCUUGUGACGGCAUCUGGUGAUGAGGACACGUGACCAACCGUGUGGUAUUUUCGAGGCAAUUUUAAGAUUCAUCUUUUCAGUUUGGUAGUAGACUAGUUAAGGAGAAACUCCUUCAUUACUUGCAUCGUGUAAAUCAUCUCCGUAGACGAGAACUGUCUGUAUUAAUGAACACAUUUCUUUCUCACCAUUUGUAGCAGAAAUCAUUUUCUUCAUAAUCAAUGAAUAUGUGAUAUGCUCCCAAUUGUUAGAAGGAAAAGUAAGAUUUCAGUUAUUGACAAUGUUUUUACAGUAGCACUCAUAAAUUUACAGUGGUGCAUAUUAAAAUAAGCAAGAAAAAAAUGUGAAUAAACUACUGAAAACA